AUGACAUCUCAUCUAGACGAGGAAAAGACACCAUUUCUACCGACAGAUGAACCGGAAGCGCAAUCAUGGCGGGAACGAUCACGAAAAGCGUCAAAUCCACUCAGAAUACACAUACCUCUCAUCCUCGUGGAGGUCUUUCUCCUGGCCCUGAACAUCGGCCUUCUAUGCUGGUAUAGAUAUCCGAGUCUCCACUACGACUCCAGUCUUGGUGGUGGACAAAAUGAUCUCGACAAAGCGUUCACUCCUGCUACGUCGGCAGUCCCAUACGAAGUCAAGAGCAUCGAUGUCUAUGAGCCUAGUCCAUUCACUGGAGAACCACGUCAUGAGUUGGACGUGGCCUGGAGCAACCUCCUACGAUCAACGAAGAUCAGAGUUACAGAAGAUGAGAUGAGAGCUAUGAACAAGACAUCCGUAGCACUGCGAGAUGGGAGUGGUUACCUGGGCUAUCCGGAGGUUCUGCACCAGCUUCAUUGCGUCAAACGUGUUUACCAGUUUCGCCACCAGGAUUACUAUACAGACCUGGACCCCGAAACGUUUGGCAUCCAUCACUGGGAUCACUGCAUCGAGGUCCUACGUCGAGGUAUCAUGUGCAACGCGGACUUGACGAUCGACACUUUCAAGUGGGACGACGGCGAGAUCAAGGGCAUCAGCUCACAUCCACGCACCUGCAAGGACUGGAGUGCUUUCGAGGAAUGGUCGGAUGCGAGAGCUUUGCAUUUCAAUGGCAAAGAACCGAGUGGAACUCUCGUCAUGGAGGACGAAGAAGGCACGUAUGGACCGCUUGAUGAUCGAUAA